AAUGUCUACUGUUAAACGCGCAAUACAAAUAAAACUGAAUUGAAUUGAAUAAGGAUCGUUUGUUCUGUCCAUUAGCCCGCUUUGUUUAGGGUUCACGACCAUAUUUGUAGCGGUCCUGUGAGUUUCACAUCAUUCUAUUCUGCAACUGGUCACUUUUAGACAACUGUUGUAUCACGCUGAGAUUUUUUAUCAAACUUUUUUUUUUAUGUUUUUUGACACCGCCAGAAGUUUGUCGUCAGGCAGCACAUGUUUGCUUGUUUUUCAAACAUGGGUGCACUUCCUAGGCUAUAAAACAGCACCCAGUCUGGACGAAGAUGAAAUCAGCCCGGUGUACCCAGCGGCGCUAGGACCACGAGGUUAAACUGCAGCGCCAAACUCAUCUCUGCUUAUUUGGCUGAAGAGACUCCAGUAGGUAACACACACUGUCCUGCUUUUCUCAGGAAGCCAAUUCGUCUUAUGGGACAUAUUAUGGGAUGUAAGAUAAACAAGCCGAAAAGACGCAAUGGGAGGAAACUCCAGAUCUCGAAUAGCCGGUGCACUUAAAGAAGAAGAAGAAGAAGAAGGAGACGUGAUUUGGAGUUGAAUAGAAACUUUUCUUUUAAGGAGCCAUCUCAAGGUUCCUCUAAUCUCAGCCAUGGCCCGUUACUGUAGAUUGGAUUUAGCACAUUUCUGUCUUGCUGGUCAGCUCCUUUUACUUCUCCUCUCCAUGUCUUCUCUAUCAGUGAGAGCACCCACCUACCAGUUGCAGAAUCCCCACAUCCCCUCUCUGGUGCCUCACGCCCCUUUGGCCCUCUCUCGCUCCCGUUUCAGUGCAAAUGCCCAGCUGGAUUUUACCACCCACUGCAAUACCAGCUGCUACCACAAGGUAGAAGACAUUGACAAAGAACAUCUAACUGAGCAGUUGGCCUUUGAAACACUGUAUGCUGAUGGCUCACGUACGCUGACCACUGUCGAUCUGGAAGAUGAAGAGGCCGACAGCAACAUGUCUCCUGCACUGCCCAUCAAGUGGAAGAAUAAACUCCCAUCUUUCCCUCACAAAAGAACAAGGAGGCAAAUCUAUGGCGCAGAUGGACGCUUCAACAUUCGUGGUGACCACUUCCUGUUGGACUACCCCUUCUCCACAGCUGUACGCAUUUCGACAGGCUGUACUGGUGUUCUGGUAUCCCAACAACAUGUGCUGACCGCUGCCCACUGUGUACAUGAUGGAAAAGAUUAUGUCAAAGGUGCACGCAAGCUCAGAGUUGGCUUCCUCAUUCCACCCUCAGCUAAUGGCACCAAAGAAGACUUGAAGAAGCCCUUGGUGCGCUGGGUGAGGGUGCGGCGGACACGUGUGCCUAAAGGCUGGAUACAAGGACCCCAGGAUGUCAGCAUGGAUUAUGACUAUGCCCUUCUGGAGCUGCGUUGGCCACAUCGCCGCCCCUUUAUGCGCCUUGCCAUAGCCCCUUCUUCUAACGAUUUGGCUGGAAAACGCAUCCAUUUCUCUGGGUUUGACAGUGAUCGGCCCGGAGAGCUUGUGUAUCGUUUCUGCCCUGUAGAAGAUGAGAGUAAUGAUCUAAUCUACCAGCAUUGUGAUGCGAGACCCGGGGCCAGUGGCUCUGGGGUAUAUGGCCGUGUGUGGGACAAUGUUCUGGAGCGCUGGGAGCGCAAGGUGAUUGGCAUUUUCUCUGGACACCAAUGGUUGGAGAUCAAUGGCGAGAACCGUGACUAUAAUGUAGCUGUCCGUUUCACUCCACUGAAAUUUGCUCAGAUCUGUUACUGGGUGCAUGGAAACAGAGCAGACUGCAGUCAGGACUGAUUUAGAUAAGCAUGAGCAGUCAGAAGGAGAGGAAAGAAAAGCUGAUCCAUGAACGUGCACUUUUACAGUCAGUCCUUUUAUAGACAAAAAAGAAAUUACGGUCAAAUCAAGAUAUGGUCCUUGGAAAAAGGUUAUCAAAGGAUUCUAGAUUUGAUCAUCAAAGUUUAAGUUAAUCCAAAUUGGAUCAGAUAUCAUGUUUGUAUUAAAUUGGACAUUUAUUUAAACAAGUAAAACACUGUUG